AAUAAAGCACCAUCAAUUACCGCCACUGUUGCCACUCUUCCGCACAGCGUGUGUGACACCUUUGCCAAGCCUUUAAUCAAACCACCCUUGCCAGGAGACAUGGUAAAAGUUUAACGCCAAACCACUUAGGAAUUGCACGAGGAGGAUGUUUUACCGAUGGGUCCACGCGAGUCACGCGAUGUACCGUGCCGGCUGGCAUUAGGCGGCAGUGGCGGGCAAACCGGGAACCGGCAUUCGAGCAGUUGCACCGGAACCAGUCUUUGCACAAGCAGUCGCAGCAUGGUGCUUGAGCUACUCUCCAACCGGCAUCUGUUUCGGAACGAAUUCCUGCACUCCGCGCACCGGUUGCUGCGUGUCUGCCAAGUGUUUGGCACGGUGCCGUGGGAGGUUACGCUAUUCGCCCACGUCACCCAACCACUGUCCAGCUGGCGGGAGCGACUGUUCCGCACACUGAACGCACUCUACUCCCUUGCCCUGGGGCUGGCCGUUCUGUCGGCGACCGUCCUGCAGCAUGCCGAGUUCGACCACCACAUGCCGUUCGUGACGCACAUGCUGUACAUCAGCGAGUACAGCAUGGAGAAUGGGGUGGUGAUGAUGGUACUGAUCGGGUGUCACUACCAGCGCGACUGCUAUCGGCACUAUGGUGAACAGCUGCUGGCGGUUGCUGUUGAUCUCUCCCUUUGCGGUGGGACGGUCGACUUCCCUCGGAUCGAAACCAUCUUCAACCGGGUGCUGGCAUGUAUCGCGCUCUUCUUCGCCGGUGUGCUGACGGUGGAUCUGCUCUACAACGAGCUGAUCGUGUGGAGGUUUGCGCGCAGCUCCGCCGUCUACACGCUCUCGAACGUAAUCAACGUGCUGGCGCUGUUACAGUACGCAUACGUGCUGUACGUGCUGUACUUCUGCUACUACGACUCGAACAGGCUGCUCGCGUCGUACAACCGGCACCUGCUCGUACGGGGUACUGAUGAUACGCGGUACGAGAGGCGAAGGGGAGCGCACGAGAUCGUUCUACCGGCCGGCGCACUGUACGAUUACGCCCACCUGAUCGAUCUGCUGCGCCGUACGCAUCUGCGGCUUGCGCAGCUGUUGGAGCAGGCGAACGGAUGCUUCGGUGUGCUGAUCGUGUUCACCACGACGGCCUCCUUUGUGGUGCUGAGCUUGCAGUUUUUCGAGAUCUAUCGGGCGACCACGGUACGACCGUGGACCGUCACCGACACGUAUCUGCUCGUGUACACCGUGCUGUGGAUCGUGCUGCACGCGGCCAAGGUGCUGAUGAUCCUGUACCCGGCCCAUCUGGUACAGCGCGAGCGUGACCGCACCGGGCCGAUCCUGUGCCAUUUCAAUCCGGCCGCCCUGGACAGUGCGCUAAACAGUGCGUUGGCAAAGUUUUCCAGCCAGCUGCUGCACGUCCAAGGACCUCAGACGGCCUGCGGUGUUAUCAAUCUGGAGAUGACGCUCAUCAGCACGAUGGUUGGCGCUCUGACGACAUACCUCGUCAUACUGAUACAGUUCGACACGGCCAUAACCCAAGGUCAGACGGCCGACAGCAACGGCCCAUCAUCAUCACCAUCACUCCCCAACGAUACGAAUACACCUGGCAACGGCACUACGAUCUAGCUGUCUUCUCCUGUACCUUCAAAGUUCUCCACUUUCCAACCACAACCACCGACACCUACAUGCGCAGGGACAGAUGAUUAGCGUGCCCCCGGUCCCUGUUGAUUAAUUCCAUGCAAUAUGCAAGCGUGUGU